AUGCCCGUCAAAUAUCCGCGCUUCUAUGCCUCCCCGGUCGACGAUGGCCCCGGCACCCCCGUCGACCUCUACGGCUAUGAACAGCGCGAGCCGUCGAUCAUGGAGAAGCCCACCAUGUUCCGCCGUGUCUCCCACGCUCUCGACGACAUCAAGGAGGACUUCUCGCUGCAGCUGGACCCCGCCCGCAGCACCGCCAACAAGAUCAAGCGUCGCUCGACGCUACUCUUCGACGGCAACUUCUCCAGCCCGGACCUGCACAGUCGGCCCGAGACCGCCGGUCCCCACGGUCCUCGGUCGCGCCCCAUGUCCAUCGUGUCUGUCGACCCUCGUUCGUUGCCACAGCGCAGCCUGAGUCGGCGUCUGUCCCGCCGACUGUCCAUUUUCAGCCGCAGCGGUUCGACCUCGAAGCCAACGAGCAUCUCUUCCCCCAAUUUGAUCGGCUCCUCCACUCAUUACGCUAGCCGGAGUCAGACCACCUUCAUCUAA